GCUUGCUGUUGCGGCUGCUUGUCGCCGUCCCGUCAUGGUGCGCUGCCCCUGGGGUCCCAGCAAGGGCAUGAGGGUGCUCCCUUGAGGUUGGGACUUGGGACGCGUCGGCCGCCGCCGCCGCCCUCUCCCUCUUCGGUGGCCCUGACGACGUUGGGGGAGAGGGCCGCCGAGACGCGCCCAGGGUCCAGCAGGGCAUAAGGGUGCAAACCCGACUCGUCUGGCUGAUGCUCUGGGGGGGGGGCCUGUGCUCAGGGGAGGCUGCAGCACCGCUCAACGAAGUGUUGGUGAACCGAGCCUGCAGACUGGGCCCCUUCUCACUGCUCGGUUCCAGCGGGGCCUCCUCAGGCCCCCAUGCUGACGCGCCACUCCCUCCUCCUUCUCAAGCCUCCCAACUGGGGCCAGAGCAGGUUCCGUAGCCGUCUGGGUUCAAGGGAGCAUUGCUCGAGCAAUGGUCCGCAGCUGUGGGCUGGGCUAGGUCCCACAUGGGUCGCGAGCUCAUGUGAUGGCUCAAGAUGACCAGCUGAUUUUGGAGGUUGACCCUCGUGAGAUCAAGUACCUGAGCGUCAUCGGCGAGGGGACAACAGCAGUAGUCCACUUGGCAAGGUUCAACGGCGCUCAGGUGGCGGUGAAGGAGAUCCGCGCGUCCGCCGAGUGUGCCGAAUGUGACGAGGGUACGCUCCAGGCGGUGGAGCGGGAGGUAGGGACUCUGAGCCAGGUCAAGCACGAGAACAUCGUUGGCUUCAUUGGGAUAUCCCUGGCAGCUCUUCCCAUUCGCCUCGUGCUGGAAUACUGUGCGGGCGGCUCCUUGUUCGAACUGCUCCACAACAGAUACAAUAUCUCAGUUUCGUGGAAGCAGAGAUUGAAGAUGCUGUCGGACGUCGCCUCGGCGCUCGACUACCUCCACAACUUCGAGCCCCCCAUUUUGCACCGCGAUCUGAAGAGCCUGAACAUGAUGCUCCUGGAUCAGGUGACGAACGAGUUCGACGACGUCGUGGUCAAGCUGGGAGACUUCGGCUUCGCCAGGAUCCUCGAGGAGAGGAGCAUGACGCGCGGCGUCGGCACGAAGCACUGGAUGGCGCCGGAGGUCCUCGCGGGCACCGACUACACCGAGAAGGCGGACGUAUUCUCUUUCGCUAUGGCGGCAUUCGAGGUGAUCUGCAGGCACUCCGUCGCGCAGGCGAUCAGCCGGGGCGAACGGCCCGAAUGGCCGGACCCGCAGGACCUGAUGCCGAGCAUGCCCGAGGGUCUGCUAGUCAUGGUGGAGUCCUGCUGGGCUCAGAGUCCGGGUGAUCGCCCAACCAUUGGCAAGAUAAAGGGCGAGAUCGAAAGGUUUCGCUAGAUUCUCCGGUAGAGUUUCAGGCUGUGAGCCAGCGGUAGCUAGUGUAGUAGGACUGCAGCAUUACAUUCAGAAUUUGCCAGGUUUGGUAGCCUGUCGUCUCGUUUGUUUCCUGGCUGCGGAUCAUGGGCAGCCUCAGUUUUUGGCUAGAGCUGGGUACUUCAACGCGCAUAUCCGAUGCGGGAGUACACAAACAGGGACUCCUUCCAUCACCCUUGGGCCUGCGACCCAGAGCGCUCGCAAGCUCGCCAGGUUGGCCUUUGAGAUACCCUUGCGCCUGCAA